AGCAGAGGGGACUUACUUCCUAUACCCAACCAGCAGGGAGGAUUCCUCUCAGCAGCCACGUAGGCAUUCUCUUCUCUCUGGAGGAAAAGGCCCAGCAGCUGUCGGAGGAAAAGGCCCAGCAGCUGUCAGAGCAAAGGACAUGUCGCAGCUAAGUAAGAAUUUGGGUGAUUCGAGUCCCCCGGCGGAGGCCCCUAAGCCUCCGGUCUACAGCCGCCCUACGGUUCUGAUGCGGGCUCCGCCCGCCUCCUCCCGGGCUCCGCCAGUCCCCUGGGAUCCACCUCCAAUUGAUUUGCAGGCUUCACUGGCCGCUUGGCAGGCACCUCAGCCUGCCUGGGAGGCUCCACAGGGCCAGCCGCCUGCCCCUGUGGCUCCGAUAGCCCAGCCGAUGGCCCAGCCCCCAGCCCUAGGGGGCCCGAUGGUCCAGGCUCCCCCGCUGGGAGGCCCGAUGGGCAAGCCCCCGACCCCCGGAGUGCUGAUGAUCCACCCUCCCCCUCCGGGAUCCACGAUAGCCCAGCCGCCGACUCCGGGAGUCCUGAUGAUGCAUCCUUCGGCUCCCGGAGCGCCCAUGGCCCACCCUCCCCCUCCGGGGACCCCGAUGGCCCACCCUCCCCCGCCGGGAACCCCGAUGGCGCAUCCGCCCCCUCCGGGGACCCCGAUGGUGCAUCCUCCACCUCCGGGAACCCCGAUGGCGCAUCCUCCCCCGCCGGGGACACCGAUGGCCCACCCCCCACCUCCGGGGACACCGAUGGCCCACCCUCCCCCACCGGGGACACCGAUGGCUCAGCCUCCAACUCCGGGAGUCCUGAUGGCCCAGCCGCUGACUCCGGGAGUCCUGAUGGUACAACCUCCUGCUCCGGGAGCCCCGAUGGCCCAGCCUCCGCCCCCAGGAGCCCUGAUGGCCCAGCCUCCGCCUCCUGGAGCCCAGAUGGCCAAGCCUCCCGGUCCUGGAGUCCUGAUGAUCCACCCGCCAGGUGCGAGAGCUCCAAUCACCCAGCCUGCAGCUACGGGAGCCCAGAUGGCGCAGCCUGCGGCCCCACCUGCACAGCCUCUGGCUUCUUGGGCCCCACAGGCUCAGCCUCUGAUCCUGCAAAUCCAGUCACAGGUCAUAAGGGCCCCUCCUCAGGUUCCACAGGGCCCGCAGGCACCACCAGCACAGCUGGCCACACCCCCGGCCUGGCAGGCCACCUCACCGGGAUGGCAGGCUCAGCCUCAAGGCUGGCAGGCCACACCCCUUGCCUGGCAGGCCACACAGGUCACCUGGCAGGCUCCGACGAUUGCCUGGCAGGCGCCGCCACCUGUGCGCCAGGGCCCCCCGCCCAUCCGGCCGGGCCCACCGCCCAUCCGCCCGGGACCCCCACCUGUGCGCCAGGCACCACCCCCGAUCCGCCAGGCACCACCACUGAUCCGCCAGGCACCGCCACCCAUUCGGCCCGCCCCACAGGUCCUGGCCACUCCACCACCACUGUGGCAGGCCCUGCCGCCGCCGCCGCCACUGCGGCAGGCCCCGCAAGCUCGGCUGCCUACCCCGCAGGUGCGGGCAGCCCCCCAGAUGCGGGCGGCGCCACAGAUGCGGGCAGCGCCACAGGUGGUCACGGCCCCUUCAGCAACGCAGUUGCCCACGGCGCCUCCCACUGGCCCACAGGCACCCCAUGCCACGCUGUCGGCCCCUCUGUCAGCCCCGCAGGCUGUGCACUGCCCACCUAUCAUCUGGCAGGCCCCUAAAGGCCAACCCCCAGUGCCGCACGAGCUGCCGACGUCGAUGGAGUACCAGGAAGUGCAGCAAGCUCAGGCUCUGGCCUGGCAGGCGCCGAAGGUCCCGGGGCAAUUCUGGCAGCCUGUGCCCACCCAGGAUGCCCAAAGGCAGGGGCCACCACUGGUUCAGGUGGAGCAGCCCUUUCAGGGGGUCCCCGCCUCCCAAAAGGCCCUGCAAAUCCAGCUGCAAACCCAGCAGGCGCAGCCCACGGGCCCGCAAACAGAGCUGCCCACCCUGCAACUCCAGCCCUCCUGGCAAGGCCCCCCUGCAGUCUUGCAGGGCCAGCCCGGAGCUCCCAUAGCGGCAGCAAAUUUUCCCGUAGGCUCCGCUAAAUCACUGAUGACUCCAUCGGGAGAAUCCAGGGCCUCUUCCGUAGAUCGCAGGACCUCUUCAAAGGAACGCAGGACCUCUUCAAGGGAACGCAGGGCUCCUUCCAAGGACCGCAUGAUCUUUGCAGCCACUUUCUGUGCUCCGAAGGCAGCGUCAGCUGUCCGACCAAACCUGCCAACUGCCUGGAAAACCUUGCCUGCCAUGCCUGAGACCUUCACUGCCACCUCCAGGGUUUUCCCAGCUACCUCCCAGUUCCAGCCUGCCUCAUCCAAUGCCUUUAAGGGCCCGUCUGCCACCUCAGAGACCCCAAAGUCACUGCCACUUGCUCUGCAGGACCCCUUUUCCUGUGCGGAGGCUCUGCCUGCAGUUCCAUGGGUUCCACAGCCCAAUGUGAAUGCCUCCAAGGCAUCCAAGGCGGUGCCCACCACCCUGAUGGCCUCGGCAGCUGUGCCCAAGGCAAUGGCCACCACUCAGGAGGCCUCAAAGACCUCAGCUGAGCCUCCCCGGCGCUCAGGCAAGGCCACCCGGAAGAAGAAGCAUCUGAAUACUGAAGAGGACAGCAGUGGGCAGCUGUUGCCCCUGCGUGACUGGCAGGCCCCCAGGCCCUGGGAAAAUAUGAACUUGAAUGGCUGGGAGGUUCAAAAUGCUAUCCAGGUCCUGGGUGAUUUGGAGGGCCCAAACACCUCCCGCAGCCUGAGUGGCUGGGAGGGCCCUAGUACCUCCAGGAUCCUGAGCGGCUGGGAGGGGCCCAGCACGUCUUGGGCCCUGAGUGCCUGGGAGGGCCCAAGCACCUCGCGGGCCCUAGGUCUCUGGGAAAACCCAGGUAGCCCCCAGCCCUUGAUCAUCUCUGAGCUCCCCAGCCUCUCUCAGGGAUUUGGUACUAGCCCUGAUGGGCCGAGGCUGGAGACGCAGCCACUGUCUCCCUUGGAUGAGAGAGCAAAUGCACUGGUGCAAUUCCUCUUAGUCAAGGACCAAGCCAAGGUGCCCAUCAAACGCUCAGAGAUGGUGAGAUUUAUCAUCCGUGAAUAUAAAGAUGAGUGCUUAGAUAUCAUCAACCGUGCCAACAAUAAGCUGGAGUGUGUCUUUGGUUAUCAAUUGAAGGAAAUUGAUCCCAAAAACCACUCUUAUAUCGUCAUCAACAAGAUGGGGCCUCAUAAGGGUGAAUCGGCGGCAUCUUAUUUAGACACACCCAAGUUAGGCCUCCUGAUGGUGGUCCUCAGUCUGAUCUUUAUGAAAGGCAACUGUGUCAGGGAGGAUAUGAUCUUUAAUUUUCUGUACAAGUUAGGGUUGGAUGUCCGAGAGACGCAUUCUCUCUUUGGAAAUACAAAGAAGCUCAUCACUGAUGUGUUUGUAAGGCAGAAGUACCUAGAGUACAGGCGAGUCCCCCAUACGGAGCCAGCAGAAUAUGAGCUCCUCUGGGGCCCCCGAGCCUUCCUUGAAACCAGCAAGAUGCUUGUCCUGAGGUUUUUGGCCAAGCUCCAUAAGAGAGAUCCGCGUUGCUGGCCAUUCCAGUACUUGGAAGCACUGGCAGAGUGUGAGUCUGAAGAUCUGGAUGAAGAGGAGUCUGGGCCCGGCGAUAAAGCCAGCGACCCUGAUAGCGGUUCCCCUCCCCGCUAAUAAGAUUUAGCAGAUAUCUUGUUCCUCUGGGUCCCCGGCUAAGGCCACUGACAGGGUGGGAGGGGGGCACGUUUUGUUUCUGGUGUUUAUGUUCCAGUUCUAUGUGUGUACGUUUGGAUUUCAGUUUGAUUUAGUACCUGCCAAAGCUUUGUACAUUUUCAUGUGGUGUUGAUUUCAAUUGGCUACUGUUCUGUUUGGUAUUCUGGCAUCUGUAUUUUUAAGUGAGAUCUGUGAUUCUCUGUUUUGUGUUACAAUUGUUAUGUUUUGGUAUCAGAGUUGUGCUGGCUUUGUGAAUUGAAUUGAAAAGCUGUCCAUCUCAUUCUGGUACAGAUUAUGUAGUAUUGAAUUAUGUAGUUUGUUCUUUGAACAUUAAAAUGACUCAUCAGUAAAAGCUGUCUGCAGAAAAAUAAAUAUCUAUAUCUAUAUAUAUAAAUAUACUUUC